AUGUCUUACAACCGCUUAGACGACGACUACUACAAUAACGAGAUGGAUCAGCGCUAUGGCGCGCAGCAACAUCGGACGCCGUCGCCAGGGCAGCAGCAGUACGGGCCCCAGCACGGUUACCAGAUGGAAGAGAACCCGUUUGACGACAAUCGCUACAAUCAGUAUGGUCACUCGCAGUCUCAUCUGAACAUGCCCUCGGGCCCCGACCCAAACAGACUAGGAACUCCCAGCGACCGACUCGACCUAAAUGCAGCGCAAUCCGUCGAUAAUUUGUCCGGGUAUGGCCACGGCGGCGACUACGCUGUCAACCCGCAAGACCACCACGAUGCGUACGGAAACCAACCCUACGAGCCUCGCCCCCAGGGCUACGAUACCUAUGACCAAGGUUACGAUCAGCGGUACGACCAAGCUUAUGAUGACCCGGCCGACCGACCCAUGCUGCAGCAUCAAGACUCGGAUGCGCCUAGCGAGCCAUACCAGGACCAGCCUCAGCAGGGCGGAAUCAAGCGAUGGAAGACUGUGAAGCAGGUCAAGCUCUACCGAGGAAACCUCGUGCUUGAUUGCCCAGUUCCUCCCGUUCUUCUUUCUCAGGUUAACCACGGCGAGCGUGAUGAGUUCACACACAUGCGAUACUCGGCCGCGACGUGCGAUCCCAACGAUUUCUUCGACAACGACUUCACUCUCCGACAGAAGCUGUUCAGCAAGCCUCGACACACCGAAUUGUUCAUCGUUGUCACCAUGUAUAACGAAGACGAUAUUCUCUUUGCGCGAACCAUGACGGGUGUUUUCAAGAACAUUGAGUACAUGUGUAACCGACCCAACAGCAAAACUUGGGGGCAAGAUGCCUGGAAGAAGAUUGUUGUUUGCGUGGUCAGUGAUGGCCGAGCUAAGAUCAACCCGAGGACAAAGGCUCUUUUGGCGGGUAUGGGUGUUUACCAGGAGGGUAUCGCCAAGCAGCAAGUUAACGGAAAGGACGUGGAAGCUCAUAUUUACGAGUACACCACGCAGACACAUCUUGCGAUCAAGAACGAUGUGGUCCAGCUUGUACAUGGUCGCCAACCAGUUCAGAUCCUCUUCUGUCUGAAGGAGAAGAACGCCAAGAAGAUCAACUCUCAUCGAUGGUUCUUUACGGCAUUUGGCAACGUCCUUAACCCCAAUAUUUGCGUCCUCCUCGAUGCUGGUACUCGACCCGGUGGUAGCUCGAUCUACCAUCUCUGGAAGGCCUUCGACCUGGAGCCCAUGUGCGGUGGCGCCUGUGGUGAAAUCAAGGCCAUGUUGGGCAAAGGAGGAAAAUUACUCCUGAACCCUCUGGUUGCUGCGCAGAACUUCGAGUACAAGAUGAGUAACAUCCUGGACAAGCCUUUGGAAUCCGCCUUUGGAUUCAUUUCUGUGCUGCCCGGUGCCUUUUCCGCCUACCGAUACGUUGCGCUCCAGAACGACAAGAACGGCCAGGGUCCCUUGGAGAAGUACUUCCUCGGUGAGACGCUUCACGGUGGUAGUGACGCUGGUCUUUUCGAGUCCAACAUGUAUCUGGCCGAAGAUCGAAUUCUGUGUUUCGAGCUGGUUACCAAGAGAAACUGCCACUGGAUCCUGCAAUAUGUCAAGUCGGCUACCGGUGAGACUGAUGUGCCAGACACGAUUACUGAGCUGGUCCUUCAGCGUCGUCGUUGGCUCAACGGUUCAUUCUUCGCUGCCAUCUAUGCUAUUGUCCACUUCCUCGACUUCCUCCGGUCCGAUCACACCUUCUUGAGGAAGUUUGCCUUCUUCAUUGAGUUCAUCUUCAACACUAUAAACAUGAUCUUCGCCUGGUUCGCUAUCGGUAACUUCUUCCUGGUCUUUAAGAUUCUGACGACGAGUUUGGGAGACGAUAGCUUACUUGGUCGUACCGGCGAGAUCCUGGGUGUCGUCUUCACCUGGCUCUACGGUGUCAUCUUGAUCACAUGUUUCGUACUGUCUCUGGGUAACCGGCCUGCAGGGUCUGGUGGACUCUAUGCGGCCAUGGUUUGGUUCUGGGCCGGCAUCAUGAUCUACCUUCUCUUCGCUGCAAUCUUCAUCUCUGUCAAGUCCAUCAUGGCCGACGUGAAUGACGCGGACGGAUUCCAAGUUUCUGACAUCCUCAAGAAUAAGGUCUUUUACAUGCUCAUCAUCUCGGUCAUGUCGACUUGGGGUAUCUGGUUGAUCGCUUCCUUAAUCAUGCUGGAUCCCUGGCACAUGGCUACCUCAUUCGUGCAGUACAUGCUCCUUACGCCAGCCUUUACCAACGUUCUGAACGUGUACGCCUUCUGCAACACACACGAUGUUUCUUGGGGUACCAAGGGUGACGACAAAGUGGAGAAGUUGCCCUCUGUCAAUACAAAGGACGGCACGGCCAAGACAGAUCUUCCGGAUGAGGGUGAUCUUAACGCGCAGUAUCAACGAGAACUUACUGUUUUUGCCCAGAAGGAGGUGAUUGUCAAGAAGGAGCCGACUCCCUCGCAGCUCCAGGAAAAGCAGAUGGACUACUACAAGGGUGUCCGCACUGGUGUCGUUCUGAUCUGGAUGGUGACCAACUUUGCCAUCGCCGCUCUGGUGCUCAGCUCAGCCGGCCUGGACAGAAUCAGCACCAGCAAGGAGGACAAGGAGGAUGUUCAGACGCAGCGAUCAAACAUUUACAUGUCUAUCGUGCUCUGGAGUGUGGCAGGUUUGAGUGCCUUCAAGUUCCUCGGUGCGAUGUGGUUCUUGGUGGUGCGCAUGUUCCGAGGUGUCUAA